AUGCUUCCGAAAUUGAACGACCCCUUUUCGCUCGUUGAGCUACCUCGAAUUGCGGAUGUGCCUGUCGAAAAGCGUGUGGUUCUUCCCCACAGCCAGAAAGGGCUAACUUUUCAGGAAACUGAUGUGAUCCAUCUAGGCAUGUCUAAACUGAUCAUCUCGAGCUAUGUGUUGAAACCCACCCCUAAGCUCGUCUGGUCGUUCCCGUUGUCGUCAAGCACUAUAGUUGACUGCAUGGAUGUGAAGGACGACUGGUAUGUCGUGGGUUUAAGUGAGCGCAGAAAGCAGUAUGUGAAGAUAGUGAAGAGAUGCGGCACUGAAGUGUCUAUCACGGCCGAAUUCCCGCUUGAAGUUGCUGCAGUGGGCGUCAUGUUUGGCACUGACUCGUCUAUUUAUGUGCUUUUGAGAGAUGGCUCUGUCAGUCACCUAGAGUAUACAGAAAUGAAGACUGAGUCGGGCUCUGAGAAUAUCACCUUGGCUGUGGCUUCUACUUUGCCCAGCUUGCCACCACUCCCAAGAUCCUCAACACAUACUGUUGUAUACCAUACUUUUAUGUCCGUGCACACUUUCCAGCACAAAAAUCCCCUUUUAUUCUACAUUUCCCGCUUAAACGAACUGUCGUCAUACACUUGCAGACUUAUUGGCAUUGAUGGAAGUAAAACAUUUGAAAUCUACAAUGUCACAUUCAAAAGCCACAGUUUCCACAAUUGUCUCUUUGCCAUUUCAGCCGGUGUCUUGUACACCUUCAACAAGUCUUCGAAAGAGGUGUCUUCGGCCUCGCUCAUGAAGCCACAGUCAACAUUGAAAAGCAUCUCUUUGGAGCCUCUUUUUGCAAAUGAUGAUGCUCAAGAAUAUGGCUUUUUCUCUCCAGCUCCAGAAAGAUUGCUCCUUUCAAAUCAAUCAAAAUUAUAUUUGGUCAAUUACAAGUUCAGCUCCUUGCUUGAUCUGUUCCAGCAUAACACCAACAUCAAAUUAUACCUCAACUUUGCAUUGCCAACGAAAGGCGACUCCGAAAUCACCAGCUCGACUUAUGCGUUAUACUUGGGCUUCAACGAAAAAAGAAAGACCAGCAAAAUCAACUACAUCCAGGUUGAACUUGGCAAAAACACUUUGAGAGAGUGCCUCGGAAAGUCACUUAAGACACAGGAGGAGAAGGAGAAGCCAUUGAAAGCUUUUCCUUCACUUCUGACGCAAAACUUGAUGAGGGACAACUCUAUUGGAGCCAAAGAAUUGAAUGUAUUCCUCAACAAGUUAAAAGAAGCAAAAUCGGAUACCGCAAACUUCAAUAAAGCCAUCAUCGAGUUUUUCAAAGGCCAAGGUUACGACGACACUAAAUCAUACACGCAUGCCAUCACAGACAGAGUUGUGGAUGCCGCUUUAAUUGAACAAAUUCUUUCCCUUAUUUUCACUGUCGAUUCGAAGGAUUCCACAGUUCAAAUUUUGCAGGAUGACUUCCUACCAGAAACCGCUGUUGAGUAUCUUCUAAGCCAUCCUCUCUUCACCUCAAAAUAUGCCAAUGGUCUUCUCUUACUCCUCAGUCAGCUCAAUGAACCGAAUUUGCUCAAGACAGCUAUUGAGAAGUGCUCUGCACUUUCUAUUGAUGAUCUUGCCAGUGAACUCAAUAACUUGACUGAAUUGGCUGACGAGUUAGAUAAGGAUCCUGAGAGCGCCAAGCUGACACAGUUGGUGUUCAUGUUCUUGAGAGCAACGAUCGACAGACUUGUGAGCAAUUUUUCGUUACAGCAAAUCACAAAGAAGCUACUGGAAAUCUUGACUGCUGAGUACGAUGAAUACAGCAAAAAGUUGGAGCGUAUGCUUGGAGUCUUCAUCAACUUGAACACAAAAAAUUCGUGGGAUUUAGUCCAAGCAGUCAUCGACGCCGGUGGGCUUUUCAACUGGUCCAUUCCCGUCAUCGAGAAGUUGAGCCAGGUGAUCGCUUCCAAGGUGGAUGCUCUCGGAGCUAACAGCUACAAUUUGACUCUCACAAACCAAGCUUUGCAAGUCGAAGGGACUAAAAAACAGAACAAGAAGAAGACAGCAAACAAGGCUGUUGUUGUUGAUAGUAUUCAUGAAAUUGGCACACAGAGAGAAGAGCUUGAUGCUCUCUUGACGAUGGCAAAUGGCACCACGAAUCUGAAGUUGCGUGUGAACGAGGGAAUCGAGUUGGCCAAGCGCAUACCAGCCUACUCGAGAGAGAAGUUGGUCUUGUAA